AUGUCUUCCACAAGUACAACGGGUCGCUCACCCUCGGCCACGGCCAAAGCGGACAAGAAUAAAAAGAAAGAGAAGAUAGUAACACUCAAGCUGUCACCAAAAAUCCUGCAUCGCUUCGAGGAGCCUUCGGCCAAAUCAGAAGAGCAGUCCACGGCCUCAGCAGCGUCGUCUCCCCCGGCUGCAGUCGAGGAAACUUCAACCCUGAAAGUCCCCGAGGUAAAUGACAAUGCAUCCGAGGCCACCUCCACCCCAGCUCCCACGCCGGCCGAUGCAGCCGAUACCUCUAAUGGCGAUGGCUCGAAGAAACGCAAAGGAGGCCCGCUGGCAGGCACCAAGAGAAAUCUAGGACAAAUGUCUGAAGUGAACGGGCUACCAAGGCCCCGAGGCAAGCCUGGCCCCAAAAAGAAACCCAGACUUGAUGACGGCACCAUCGAUCAUGGCGGCAUGAAAGGCUCGACCCCGGUUGGCAUCAAUGCUGGACACAAGCUGGGCCCCAAGGCCAAUCAAGGUGCCAUCAACGCGGGCCUUCGUGCCCUCGACCGUUCUGGCGCACCCUGUCGCAAAUGGAGCAAAAAGCCAUUCACUCUCAAGAGUUUCACUGGGGUGGUAUGGGAGCUUGCUUCAUGGCGAGGCCAGGAGAGACCACAGGCGCCCAAUGGUGAAGAGUCCAGCGAUAACAACCAGGUCUCCCAACAGGGGUCCAGCGACGUUAAACCAAACGAGAGUGAUGUCGCCAUGGAUAGCAAUGCCGGCGACCAAGCAGAUACCAUGCUCAUGUCGACGCCCGCCGCCAGUUCUCCGGCGCCGAUGCCACCUCCAUCAGCAGCCAUUGCUGCCCAAGGUUGA